AUGCAUCAGCUUCUGCCAUAUCAUUUGAUUGUAUUUUCUCCUCUCCUUUUUCCUCAGCUACAGCGUGAUUAUCACAACCAGGAGCUACAUUCCGAGGAGAUGAAUCAAAUCAAGUGUUUGCAAUCCUCUCUCGAGUUUGUUAAUUUCAAAUUCACAUUCUCGGGACAUGUUGUAGAAAUGAAGCUAGUAAGUUGCUUCCUAGAGAAUUGUGCUAUCCUCAAGAAACUCACUUUACAUUUGGAUUCUAAUUCAACAGAAGAUGAAAUCUUGACGAAAAUCUUGGAAAUCCCAAGAGCCUCUACGAAAUGUGAGGUUGUCAUUGUCAUAAAGUAGAGGCAAACAUGUGAGGUUUGUAUUUGACUGGUAAGUAAAUCCGUUGAUGAAGUC